UGACUAUUAAAACAUACCAAUGAAGAUAUUGACUUUGUGUUUGUAUCUGUAUAUAUGUGCAUGAAAGUGCAUGUUUAUAUGUAUGCAGAAUAGGGAACUACAGAUAAUGAUGAAGUUGGACCAUAUUAAUGUCGUUCGUCUACUCUACUACUUUUAUUCUAGUGGAGAGAAGAAGGAUGAGCUGUACCUGAAUUUGGUCCUCGAGUACGUGCCGGAGACACUGUACAAAGUAGCCAGGACGUACAGCAAGAACAAACAAACUAUGCCCCAUGUACUAAUUAAGCUGUACAUGUACCAGCUGUUUCGAAGUCUCUCACAUAUUCACAUGUUGGGCAUAUGCCAUAGAGACAUCAAGCCACAGAACCUCCUACUCAACUAUGAGACUGGUGUACUCAAGCUCUGUGACUUUGGGAGUGCAAAGCCAUUGGUUAAGGAUGAGCCAAAUGUGUCGUACAUCUGUUCAAGGUACUAUCGGGCACCCGAGCUCAUAUUCGGGGCUACUGAUUACACCUCUCAAAUAGACAUCUGGUCAGCUGGUUGUGUAGUGGCCGAGUUGAUCCUUGGCCAGCCCAUCUUCCCAGGUGAGAGUGGUGUUGAUCAACUGGUCGAGAUCAUCAAGGUCUUAGGCACACCAUCUAGAGAGCAAAUUCGAGAGAUGAAUCCGAGCUACCAAGAAUUUAAAUUCCCCCAAAUCAAGGCACAUCCCUGGUCUAAAGUUUUUAGGUCACGGACUCCACCUGAAGCUUUAGAUCUGAUCAGUCAGCUGCUAGAUUACACGCCAACCAAGAGAUUGUCUCCACUGGAAGCAUGUGCACAUGCAUUCUUUGAUGAGUUGAGGGAUCCUAAGACGAAACUUCUGAGUGGCAAGGAUCUUCCAACACUUUUCAACUUUUCCUCUGCAGAACUAAGAAACAAACCUCAGCUAACCAGCCGCCUCAUACCGGCCCACUUUACCAGCAACCCCAUCGUCACAGCCCUCUCCAAACAGAACUCCUCAGCUAGUGACGUCAGCGCGACUACUGCCAACCACACUACGACGAACGUCACUACUAGUGCGAAUACUACCGCUGCCAUCGCUACCACUUCUACUACUACUACUAAUACUGCAGGUGACCAGGAUAGUAGCAAUCGUCUGCCAACACUUUGCAGUAGUAGUACUUCUUCGAUGUCGAAAAGUCACGAAGUAGCUAUAAGUCAUGUCGAUUUGUAAAUGUGAAUUAGGCGAACUUUUUUUUUUAGUUUGAUUUUUUAAUUUUUUUUUGGUUUUCAUUAGUUUUUUUUCCUUUUUGUAUGUAUUUUCAUUAAUUCAUUAUCUUACUUUUUUUCAUUUAUUUUUUCAUUGUUUGUUUGUUUCUUUCUUUAAUUAGUUAAUUAAUAAGUUACUUCAUUCAUUAAUUCAUUCAUUAAUUCAUUCAUUCAUUCAUUCAUUCAUACAUUCAUUUAUUCAUUCAUUCACUCACUCACUCACUCACUCACUCAUUCAUUCACUCAUUCAUUUCAUUCAUCAGCUGAUUAAAUGAAAUAAAUUUAAUUAUCUUUAUAACUUUUUUAAUAAUGUUAAAAAAUUUAAUUAUAUAAAAUUUAUAACGAACAUUUAUCUAUGACUAUUUUCCUAGAAGUUUUUUUUUGUUCGUCAUUUAAUAAAUUAAUUAAAUUAAUUAAUUGUUUAAUUGAUUAAUUUUGAUAAUAACAACAACAACAACAAUAAUAAUUAUAAUAAUAUUAACUAAUUAUUAUUUUAAAGUUUAAUUUGAUUUUAAUUCUUUGCAUAUCUAAAACUUUUCUUCAAUUUAAACCUUUAUUUCUUUCAGUAUGUUUUUGUUUCUUUUUUUGUCUUAUUAUUCUUCAAUAUUCACUUAAUUUUUUCGUUUGCUUGUGGUUUGUGUGUUUGUUUAUUCGUGUCAAUCAUUAACGUACAUUGACAUAUAUAUAUAUAUAUAUAUAUAUAUAUAUAUAUAUAUAUAUAUAUACAUAUAUAUAUACGUUUAUAUAAUUGAUUUAUUGACAUUUAUUUUCGUUUAUUAUGAAAUAAAAUCAUCAAUCAAUAAAUAUAAUAAUCCCAAUUUGACUCUGUACAAAGGAUGUUUAUUUAUUUGCGUUGUAUGUUCUAUCAUAUAUUAUUAUAGUUAAUUGUUAUUAUUAUUGUUGUUAUUAUUAUUAUUAUUGUUAUUAUUAUUUUGGUAGUAUUAUUAUUAAUAUCAUUAGUGUUCUAUGUAUACUUUUAUAUAUAUAAAGGUUAAGUGUAAAUUAAUAAAUAGUAAUGUACGUAUAUAUGUAUAUGUAUAUAUAUAUAUAUAUAUAUAUAUAAAUUAUAUAUACGUAUAUUAUAUACAUUUGUAUAUAAUUAUUUAUAAUAAUAAAUAAUUUAAUAUUAGAUAUUUUCAAAAAUAUAAUAUAUAUCCCACCAUGUUUGCGUGUGGUCAUUAAUAAAGAAGGUUUUUAAAAAA